UUCAUACAUGUCCAAACUCCAUCAGCAGGUGGUUAACUCGUUCAUUCAUACUUGUCUUGCUUUCUACUGUUCCUUUUCCCCCUUCCUCCUCCCUUUCUAUAAGCUAAGCAAAGCAAAGCAAAUCCAAUCCGCAUACGCUAAAAAAAAAAAAAAAAAAAACACUGAGAUCUAGCAAAAUAGCAACCCUGUUUUAAGAAUGAGGGAACCGACGAUGCUGGAGGGGAUAGACAGCAACGCUGCAUCUGGGCCGCUGCCUCCGCCGACUUCACCCCCGCAAGCUUUACUCGAGAGGCUUAAGGAUUAUGGCCAGGAAGAUACUUUCGCCCUAUGGGAUGAGCUUUCCCCUGAUGAACGCCACCUCCUCGUCAAGGAUAUCGAGAGUUUGGAUCUUUCGAGAAUUGAUCGGAUCAUACGCUGCUCUCUUCGAUCUCAAGCACUGCCGGUGGCAGCACUAGAGCCAGUGCCGGAGAGUUGCGUGUCAUCGGUAGAGGAGAGAACGAUGGAGGAGAGGGAAAGGUGGUGGAAGAUGGGAUUGAAGGCUAUAUCUGAAGGCAAAUUGGCUGUCUUGCUUCUAUCUGGCGGCCAGGGAACUCGGCUUGGAAGUUCAGAUCCCAAGGGAUGUUUCAAUAUUGGACUUCCUUCUGGGAAGUCACUUUUUCAACUGCAAGCUGAGCGGAUUUUGUGUGUUCAAAGGCUAGCUGCACAAGCUAUGAAUGAGGGUUCAGUGACAAUACACUUGUACAUAAUGACUAGUCCAUUUACUGAUGAUGCAACUCGCAAAUUCUUUGAGAGUCAUAAAAACUUUGGUCUUGAAGCAGAUCAAGUUACUUUUUUCCAGCAAGGCACCAUACCUUGCAUCUCAAAGGAUGGUAGAUAUAUUAUGGAGACUCCAUUUAAGGUAGCUAAGUCUCCGGAUGGGAAUGGAGGAGUAUAUUCAGCUCUGAAAUCUUCAAGAUUGUUAGAGGAUAUGGCCACGAGAGGGAUUAAAUAUGUAGAUUGCUACGGUGUUGACAAUGCAUUGGUUCGUGUAGCCGAUCCAACUUUCUUAGGAUAUUUCAUUGAUAAGGGUGUAGCCGCUGCUGCUAAAGUUGUCCGAAAGGCCUAUCCCCAGGAAAAGGUUGGUGUUUUUGUAAGGCGAGGUAAAGGUGGACCACUUAGUGUGGUUGAAUACAGUGAAUUAGAUCCAUCACUGGCUUCUGCAAUUAACCAGCAAACUGGACGGCUUCGUUUUUGCUGGAGUAAUGUGUGCUUACACAUGUUUACUUUGGAUUUCCUAAACCAAGUGGCAAAUGGCCUUGAGAAAGACAGCAUUUACCAUCUGGCGGAGAAAAAAAUUCCUUCUAUCCAUGGUCAUACAAUGGGUUUGAAACUAGAGCAGUUCAUAUUUGAUGCAUUUCCGUAUGCUCCUUCGACUGCUUUGUUUGAGGUAUUACGAGAGGAAGAGUUUGCACCAGUGAAAAAUGCCAAUGGCUCGAAUUAUGACACCCCAGACAGUGCAAGGCUGCUUGUUCUGCGACUACACACUCGCUGGGUAGUGGCUGCAGGGGGUUUCUUAACACAUUCAGUGCCAUUAUACGCAACUGGUGUGGAGGUAUCACCGCUUUGUUCUUACGCUGGAGAAAAUCUAGAGUCCAUAUGCCGUGGAAGAACUUUUCAUGCGCCUUGUGAAAUCGCAUUCUAGUUUGACUUAUAUCCGCUUAUUCUUGAUUUGUGCGGGCUAUUUGGUUGAAAAUGUAGGGAUUGUCAAUUUUAUGGCAUGGAUGGUGGGUGAAUAUGCUAAUGCACGAUAUAAAGAUUUUGCAAUAUUUGAUGCUUGUGAUUUUGUUCUAUCCAUUUAUGAUUAUUAA